AUGGCUCGGGGCAAGAACAAAGAGACUGUAUCCAAUGUAUUUUCAAGUGGAUAAUGGAUCGCUGAGAUGAACUAUCUUUUCAUACAUUUUCAUGAGCUCGUGGCAUCAUCCCAUCAUUUUAAUCAUGUCUUUGUCAAUUCCUCAUUAACACUCGUACUCUUAAUUGUAUUUUUAGGAUCAUGUGGAAACUGAUCAAUAGAUUUCUACCUAAUUUACUUUAUCAAGGUUACAUCCAUAUCAAGCCCACAGGCAUGUGAAGAUUGACAGCAAUUCAUUAGAGACAAAGAGAGACACGGACUGACAGACAAAUUACAAAAAUACAAACCUUAUCCUUCAUUCAUCUAUCCGUAGGUGCAGGAGGAGGAUGCUGGGAAGACCUUGGACUAUCUGAAUCUCGACCCAAAUUUUGACAACGCCUCACAGCCCCCUCCCUAUGAAAUAGGAAGUUUGGGGGAAGAAGGAAACCUUGGAGCUGCAAUGAAAGUCAAAAACCUUUCCGCCAAGCCUAAGCCCCCCAGCUAUAGCUCUGUGAGCCCAUAUGGCUGGUCACAGAACCUCUCCCUCCCCCUGGAUCAGUCACAGUUUCGCUCCAAACCCAAGCCCCCCAUAAAAACACCUAUCAAGGUCAAGAAGACCUUUGGCUGGGGCGACUUCUACUUCAACAUCAAAACCAUCAAGUUCAGCCUGCUGGUGACAGGUAAGAUAGUGGACCACAUCAACGGCACCUUCAGUGUGUACUUCCGCCACAACUCAUCCCGUCUGGGGAAUAUCUCAGUGAGCAUCGUUCCUCCCUCCAAAACCAUGGAAUGGGAGGAUGUGGGACGCCCGAAACUCCAGUUCCAGAAUCAGCCGCAGUCCACCACCAAUGAGCACCAGCAGGAGAUGAAGCCCCUCAACUGCAGGGUGGAGUACCAGAGGACCAACAGAGCCAAGAAAAACAAGCCAUGCCUCUACGACCCCUCCCAGACCUGCUACUCAGUACACACCCAGUCUCACGCCACUUGGAUCUGUGCCAAGCCCUUCAAGGUCAUCUGCUUAUUCAUCUCUUUUCUCAGCACCGACUACAAACUGGCGCAGAAGGUCUGUCCAGACUACAACUUCCAGGCUGAUCUCCAGCACUUUGGAUGA